AUGUGGCCGUUGCUAUCCUUGGGUUGCGGCCUUUUGGGGUUGGUCUUAGCUGAUGUGUCUGUCUCUGUCUCAGGCACCGACCCAUUCUCUCUGCAUGUCACAUCAGACCAAGGUAUCACAGUGGUCAACAAAGCUAUUCUCGGUGGCGAUACAAACAACACAGCAGAUGCAGUAUCUGCUUCCAAUGAUGGUGUGGUCGCCAACAGCGGAGGCCUUAUUGAUUGGUCCCUCGUCCAGCCCAACGUCGUCAGAAUUCAGUACAACUCCAGCGUCGCGUUUACAGGGGCACAGUUUACAGCUGGCCCUCACGAGAGCUUUUAUGGCGUUUGGGAGUACCCCUGGAACAAUUCUCUGACCAACAAUGGCGUGGAGUUCGAUCUCAAAGGCGUUGGAAACGCGGUCGGCGUCAACUGGGACAACGCACGAGCGCCUGCGUUCUACAGCAGUGCUGGCUAUGGAGUCUAUGCUGACACAUUAGAUAUGGGAUCCUUUGAAUUUACUCCGGCUCAAACACAGUUCAUCUUCAACACCAGCAGUCUGACAUACUACAUUAUAUUGGCAACCACUCCGGGAGAUUUCAAGUCGAUCAUUGAGACAUAUACGGGACUCUCGGCACGCAUCACCAUGCCUCCGGAUGCUGGAUAUGGCCCGACUUUCUGGUCCGACAAUUUUGAGACAGAUUUCCAUGGCUCCGUAUCCAAUGCACAGCAGAAUUACUACGAUGUCAUCGAUCAUCUCUACGCCAACCAGAUCCAUGCCACCUCCAUGUUUGCGGACAGGCCCUAUGGCACGGGGAACUAUUCGUGGGGGAACUUCGACUUUGAUCCAGUCUACUACCCCACGCCCAGAGAAUUCAUUGCGAAUCUGUCCAACUGGGGCUUUGACUUUCAAGUAUGGGCGGCUAAUCGUGCGUUCUUGGACACGGAGCUCUACAAUGCGUCGGUUGCUGGUGGAUGGCUAUUCUCCGGUAUUAACCCAGAGUUCUUCCUCGGACCGGCCCUGAACUUGUCCAUUCCUGCCGCAUAUGAGUAUGUGCUCAACAAGAUGGCAUAUUUCCCGUCGGUCGGGGUCAAAGGGUUCAAGAUUGAUCGUGGUGAGGAAGAGGAGAUGCCAGUCUGGGAACAAAAUAUCCAGAUGCGACUCUUCGAACAGAUCUGCGAAACGGUAAUGGCCAACAAAUGGGGCAAAUCCGGGUUCUACAAUUUCGCCCGGUCAGUCGUUGACCGUUCGCGGUCUCUGACCAAUGUUUGGAACGGCGACUCUCAUGCCAACUUCACUGGCCUCCGCUACAGCAUUGCUUCUGGCAUUCGAGCCUCGUUGCUGGGAUUCUCUACCUGGUCAUCCGACACCGGGGGAUACAUACGUUCUCCUAAUCUUGUUGCAGAUCAGCCGACCCCUGAGCUAUGGGCGCGCUGGAUGCAUUUUUCGUCCUAUUCACCGGUGUAUGAAAUCAUGGUUGGUACUAACCAUACCCCGUGGUAUGCUCCAUAUCCAACGCGACUUGUCUCAGUGCUCAAAGCAACCGCAAAUGAGCACCAUGCGCUCAUACCGUACAUCAAGUCCUUCACUUAUCAGGCGACGCAGACCGGUAUCCCUGUCAUGCGUGCUCUGUUCUUGGAAACUCCAGAUGACACCUCGGUAUACGAUACCACUGAUGCUUAUUUCUUUGGCGACAACCUUUUCGUGGCCCCGAUCGUCCAGGAAGGUGGAAUGCGGGACGUCUAUUUCCCCAAGUCCUCGGUGGGCAACCGGACAGCUCGUGCGUAUCUGGAGUACUACAACAAGACUGCGGUCCAUCAGGGCGGCUCAUCAGCCACGGUCAACCUGGAGUGGGAGUACAACCCCGUUUACGUGCGUGAGGGCAGCAUUGUCGUCCGGGGCGACACCUACCAAGGCAACAACAAGUGGACGCAGAAGUGGCUACCUAGCCUCACAAUCGAGGUAUUUCCCAGCUACACCUACCCAGCUUCGAGCUUCCCAUACUACAACGGAAUGGAAGUGGUGAGCAUAACACUGUCAUCGCAAUCCACGUCAGGCACCGUCGUUGUUCAAUGGGAUGGCGCCUUGGGUAUCCCUAGCCCUCCACAAGUCGUUUUCUAUGGAAGAAGCGGAGCUCAAAAUGCCAGCGUAAAGACCACGGGUGCUGGAGGGUCGGCCCAGAUCACGGGCUUUCAGAGCGUAUUCGGCUGA